AUGGCUCCUCUGUGGCCCUUCAUCCUGGUGGCUGCCUCAGAAAUACUAGUUACAGAUACACCUCAUCCCGGGAAUUCUACUCUAUAUCGUCUCACCAAGCAGCUAUUACAGAAAUAUCACAAGAAAGUGAGGCCAGUUCAUGACCGGACUAAGGCCACCACGGUAUACCUGGAUGUAUUUGUCCAUGCCGUAUUGGAUGUGGAUGCACAGAAUCAAAAAUUAAAGACCAGUAUAUUGUACUAUGAGGUUUGGGAUGAUGAAUUUUUAUCCUGGAGCCCCACCAUGUUUGAUGGGAUCAGGGAGAUCUCUCUACCUCUAAGCGCCAUCUGGGCCCCUGAUAUCAUCAUCAGUGAGUUUGUGGACAUUGAAUGAUCACCCGGCCUCCCCUAUGUCUAUGUGAACUCAUCUGGGACCAUUAAGAAUGCUAAGCCUAUCCAGGUGGUUUCCACAUGCAAUUUAGAGACAAACGCUUUUCCAUUUGAUAUGCAGAACUGCAGCCUAACUUUCAGUAGCAUCCUGCACACGGUGGAAGAUGUAGACCUGGCCUCGAGGAGCAGAGAAGACAUUAACCAUGACAAAAAGGAAUUUUUGAAGGACAGUGAGUGGGAGCUUCUUUCUGUGUCCUCAACAUACAACAUCCUGCAGAGCAACACUGGAGAUUUUGCACAGAUUCAGUUUAACGUGGUGAUUCGCAGGCGCCCACUGGUCUACGUCAUGAGCCUGCUGAUUCCCAGCAUCUUCCUCGUGCUCGUGGAUCUGGGAAGCUUUUACCUGCCACCCACCUGCCGAGCCAGGAUUGUGUUCAAGACCAAUGUGCUGGUGGGCUACACCAUCUUCAGGGUCAACAUGUCUGAUGAGAUGCCAAGGAGCGCAGUGAGCACCCCUCUGAUUGGAGUCUUCUUCACAAUUUGCCUGGCCUUCUUGGUUCUCGGCUUAUUUAAGUCCAUCCUAUUGGUCACAUUCCUCCAUGAUGAGUGCAGCAGUGAGCAAGAGUGGCCCCUCUCAUGCCUUCAAGGGGACAUUGACGCUGACGGGCCUAGAAGAGAUCCCCAAGCCCAGCCUGCUGGGGUGACAGAGCCCUCGGUCUGUCGAGAACACCAGGCCGAGUCAGAGACCCUGAAGGAAGUCUCGUUCCAGCUUAAGUCCAUCAGCACCUACUUCCAAACCUGGGACCAGGAGGACCGACAAGAGGUUAAGUGGCUGGCCUUCCUGGAACGUUUUGACCGACUGCUCUUUAAAGCGUGCCUCGUCGUGUUGGGGCUCUAUGCCGUGAGCCUGUGCUCCCUCUGGGCGCUGGGGAGCAGCUUGUGA